GAAAUGCAUGACAACCGCUACGUGAAACAAAAGUAGAUAAAAUAAAUAACUAACAAUAACUGAUACUAAUUUUAGUCAUUUGGACAGUAUGUCGUCCACAGGCCGCGGCCGCGGGUACACAGGGCGCCAUAACUUACAGCAGAGGGAGCCACGUCCUGGGGUUGUGGAUUUAGAUGAGAAAACAACACCUAGGACACUCACAGAACUGACCUCUCGUAUUACAGAAUCAUCAAAAGUUGAGCCAGUCAAGCCAGAAAUGGAGGAGCCUGUCAAAGACGACAAGCCAGUGAAAGAGAUGGUGGACACUCGCUGUGAUGAUGACUCCCUGGUGGAGCUACUUUAUGUGGAUGAGCAGUUUGCACCUUUGCUGGUUUUGUUAGAACAGUUCUCUCCGGGGGAGGAUGGCAUACAGUUCAACAGAAAACUGAGACACUUUGAAACAACAGUCACAAAUAUAUGCCCGGAUGAGCCCAGAUUGCAUCAAGCAUUCGCAACGUUUCGAGCAGCAGCCCUACAGAGUUCUGUGACGUCACGCAAACUAGCAGCCGUUGGGGCCUCAUUUACCAGACAACAAAGACAGCAGUUGCUUAGAGCUACCUUACUAAACGUUGUCAUGCAAGGAACAUUCACAAAAUUGGACAUAUUGGAGCGCUCAAAUCCCAUAUACCUGAUAAAUGCAACGAAUCUCAUGGGAGAUUAUUUUGCAGAGGCUCGACUGUGCAAUGGCAACAAAGUCCACAUAUUGGCUAGUCCAUUAGUACAGUACAUGCGGGCCCUCUUGGCCAGUGACGAUUUACGCGCUCAUCGGAGUCUUGCUACACAGUUAAUGCAGAAUGGGAGAGAGCUUCUAUCAGUGCUAGCACAGGAGCUAGAUGAACUGUCUAUAUCAAUAAGAUUACGUCUCCUAACCCCGCCCCCAGUUAGCAUCAUAUGGCUCUUGCUGUCCGCUGAUUUAUGCCUUAACAAAUUUUUACCGCUACCCAACACACUGCAACAAUUUUACGCCGCACAUUUAGACUUAACAAUUGACGAGAGUUUCAGCGAAGUCACAUACGGGUCAUGGAAGAAAACAGACCCAGAAUACCGGUCAGAUGUUAGCUCCGAUACCGACAAAGCCAGCCAGAAUUUAUCACAAAUCAGCCUUGAUGAUGACUCUAAACCGAAACUGAGACCCAUACUGGGUGCAGGCGCAGGAUUAUUGCGUCAAGAACAAAUGACACAAGAAACCUUUGAUACGUGGACAACAAAAACUAAUUUAACCAAAAGAUACGAUUUGAACUCAUGGAGACAACCCGAGGAAAAGAAAGAUGAAAGUGAACCCGUCUUUAACCCAACAGUUCUACCGCCGAAUAUGCAAAAUUACGUAGUACCAGAUUACCCCCCACCCAACUUCAAUAACUAUCCGGAAAACUAUGCAAAUUAUUUGCAGCAAGGGGACGGGACGUACAUACAAAAUUACCAAGCCCCAAGUUUUAACACCCCAGAAUUUGUGCCGCAAUUCACAACCGACCUACCUAAUAUAACCCAACCUGAACGUGUGAACAGUGAAAUACAGCAAACGGCCAAUGUCACAAAGCCAGUCGAAAACUGGCGUAGAGAAAAAAGUGAUUUAAAGGAAGACUCAAAUAUGAAUAAGAAAAACUGGACGAGACAACAGUCCAAAGACAGCUUGAACGACGAAGAAAAGGAUGAGAAACUCCGUUCUGUAUCAAGAAGUUCCCGUGAAUCAAGGCAAUCCGCCCAAGGGAGGUUGAACAGAAGAAACAGUGGGGAGGGCAGAUCAAAAACUCCACCAAAAAGACAUGUAACUGAGGUACCACGUAACCAUAAGUACUGGGAUCACGACGACAGAUGUGACAAAGACUACAAUAGUUAGUGACAGUGAUAGUGAAAUGUGUGCGGAAUAGAUGUCGAUAGAUGAUAUUUUAAUAGUCUGCGGGUCAAGACUAAAUUUUAAAGAAAAUGAUCUCUUAGUAACUACGAAAGAGACUGGUAAAAAAAGGAAGACCACCUCUGGCACAGCAGUGUACACUAGUAAGUGGGAAGGCAUACCAGUGUAUGCUGCCCCAAGUUCAAUUCCUGAUGGGGGCAAAUUUGGGAAUUAGUACCUUGAAAAUUGAACCUCCUGGUCUAGGGAUUCAGGCUAACUAACUACUGUAGGAUGUACUUUGAUGAAACCAGGGUAAAGGUUUGAUAAACUGCCAUACCCUUGGUUUACAUGCUUCUACUUCAUAUUGCAACCUCUUAUUGUCCGGUGAGAUCAAAGUCCAAACCUUAUUGUUGCAAAGUAAAAUGCAGCAUUGGAGUAAGUGAGGUAAAUAGUAAAAAUACUGUUCAAUUUCUCCCUUCCCUAUUUUGAGUUAAUAAUAGUCUAGAAGGGUUGCUAACUAUUAUAAUAUUAUGAUUACUUUUUUUUUUAUUUCCAAGUCGUAUGUUUAGUUUUAAAAUUAAUAAUUAAAUUCUUUCUCUAUGGCUUUUAAGGAUUAUUUGCAAGCUUGAAAUUAUGUCAACUCAAAAAAAAUUGAUUUUAUUUAAUUAAUGAACUAGUUUUUGCAGAAUUGUUAUUUUCUCUUCACCAGAAACCUACACACACUAAAAACUCAGAAAAGCUUCAUUUUGCAAAUUUUUUAAGCACAGUUUUAUGUUUAUCCUAGAAUAGAAGAAUUUUUUCUGAUAUUUUUGGGUGUAUAUAUGCAUGUAUGGAAAUGCAUAUGUUCAACUUGUCCUAUAAUGUAAACAAACUGUUCAUUAGUAUAAAGUAUAUUUUAAAAAUAUUAA